AGGACAGCUGGAACCUUCACACAGCGGGACAGCGAGACAGGAAGAGAAGGAUCUGGAGACAGACACAGUGAGGAACCCUCACCCCCAGCCCCAAUGAAAGCCCCCUAGACCUCAGAGAAGACUGGGAAAUAUGCGGUUACCACUGCUAUGGCUGGGGUGUUUGUGUGCAGUGCUGGGACAUGGCUCUGCAUUUACGGACCCCCUUGAAUGUGCGUCGCGUGGCAGCCCCUGUCACGUCAACGCAGACUGCCACAAGAUCAAGGACAACACCUUCAUGUGCGUGUGCCGCAUCGGCUACAAUGGCGACGGGCUGCAGUGCACAGACAUCGACGAGUGCGCCAUGGGUCUGCACGGCUGCCACGGCAACGCCCGCUGCAACAACACGCUGGGGAGCUACAGCUGCGUCUGCGUGGAGGGCUACCACGGAGACGGCGUCAAGUGUCAGGACAUCAACGAGUGCCAGACGGAGAACGGGGGCUGCCACGGCAACGCCGUCUGCACCAACCGGGAUGGCGGGCGCAGCUGCCAGUGCAGAGGAGGCUUCACGGGGAACGGUUUCCAGUGUGCCGACAUAGAUGAGUGCACACAGCGGGGCAUAUGCCACUGGAACGCCACCUGUGCCAACAACCCUGGCUCCUAUGUGUGCACCUGCAACAACGGCUACAAAGGCAACGGGAACUACCUGUGUCUGGACAUAGACGAGUGUUCGGAGACUCCCGGGGUGUGUUCAGCCUCGCUUGGCUACAGGGGCUGUAAGAACCUUCCGGGCAGCUACCACUGCAUCUGCAGCAGUGGUUACCAGAGCAACGGACAGACGUGUCAGGACAUUGACGAGUGUGCGGACAACACCUGCAGCCUGUUUGCAAGCUGUGUGAACACCGUCGGCUCCUUCCAGUGUACCUGUUCUCCUGGAUUCCUAGGGAACGGACAGACCUGUGUUGAUGUUAACGAGUGUAACAGGCAGGAUGCUUGUCACCCCAACGCGGUGUGUAUCAACUUGUUAGGCAGCUAUGAGUGCUCGUGUCGAGGCGGUUUCCUCGGAAAUGGGAGGACCUGCACGGACAUCAACGAGUGCCUCGCGCCCGCCAUCUGCCCGGCGUCCGCCGAGUGCGUGAACACGGGCGGAUCGUACUACUGCGACUGUGGCACGGGAUACGUCUUCAACGCCUCCGAGUGCAUCGACCUGGACGAGUGUGCCGUCGGCCGCUGCAGUCCGUACGCCGCCUGCGCCAACUUCCCGGGCUCCUUCUCCUGCGAGUGCCGCCCGGGGUACACAGGCAACGGCAUCAACUGCGCGGACGUGGACGAAUGCUCCUUGGCGCAGCAGUGCCACUCCAAUGCCCUCUGCCUCAACCUGCCUGGCACGUACAACUGCAGCUGCCAGCGGGGCUACAGUGGAGACGGCAUGACGCAGUGCAGCGACGUGAACGAGUGUUUUGCGGACAACGGCGGCUGCAGGAACGGAGCCACCUGCGCUAACAGCAGGGGCUCCUUCUCCUGUCUCUGUCCGGCAGGCUUCACCUUGAUCAACCGGACCACGUGCCGAGACGUCAACGAGUGCGAGCAGAUGCAGAACCCCUGCAGGGUGAACGAGAUGUGCGUCAACACGGAGGGGGCGUUCCAGUGCCUGUGCAAGGUCGGCUUUGCCCGGCCCACGCCGACCAUGGACUGCGCGGAUGUGGACGAGUGCAAGGCGGGCAAGCCGUGCCACGUCAACGCCACCUGUCUGAACGUGGUCGGCUCGCACGUGUGCACGUGCAAGCUGGGCUUCACCGGGAACGGCACCAAGUGCGAGGAUGUGGACGAGUGCGCGGCCGUCGGCACGUGCCACAGAAGGGCGAUCUGUGCCAAUGUGCCAGGGGACUUCUCCUGCACGUGCCAGCCGGGUUUCAGGGGGGAUGGCUUCUCGUGCCAGGAUGUCAACGAGUGUGACCUCUCCAAUGCCACCUGUCCCUCCUUCUCCGAGUGUGUCAACUCCCCCGGAGCCUACGUCUGUUCCUGUCUGAAUGGGACAGUGGCGAGGAACCGGACCUGUGUGUCACCCAGCCCCAUGUGCUUUCCCACAUGCCACCCUCAUGGGCUGUGCCACCUCUCACCCGUCGGGUAUCAGUGUGUGUGUGACACAGGCUUCGAGGGGGAUGGGCUUACAUGCUCGGACAUAGAUGAAUGCCAGCAGAAAGUGUGCCCUCAGAAUGAUACAGACUGUGUGAAUAAACCAGGGUCCUACGCCUGUGUCUGCAAACCUGGCUACGAACAGAACGGCACCAUGUGUGUUGACGUGAACGAGUGUGAGACAGGAGAAGAUGAGUGCAGUGAGUUUGCCCAGUGUGUGAACACGGUGGGGGGUCACCUCUGCUUCUGUCUGAGUGGCUUCACGGGCAAUGGCAGGAACUGCUCUGAGAGUGAUCUUUACCCGUUUGGACCAGAGGUGGGAGACUGGGGAGUGAAGGUCGCCAUAGCAGAUGGGAACUCUCCCUACAUCACCCCGCCUAUUGGCUUCCCUUUCAUGGGCAAGCUGUAUGACAGGGUCUUUUUCUCAGAUAAUGGACUCAUCCAGUUCCAAAUGGCCUCCGAGAACGAGCAGCUCCUUCUGCCUGUCCCCUUCCCUGAGGGAUUUCGCGGCAACGAGAGCCGCUCCAUGCUGGCGGUAUUCUGGGACGAUGUUGACCUUACUCUAGGCAAAGGCAAGCUGCUCUACCAGGACUACAGUACACUGAAUAUGUCAGACAUCUACUCCCAGAUUGUUUUCAACCGCACAGCGGAAGACGUGAGCCUGUUUGAGGAGCAGAGAAACAGACCUGCCUACAUCCCUACCUGGAUCCUAAAGAUCACCUGGGAUCAUGUCAUGUCUGUGUCUUACCAGAAGAUCAAUGAUUCUGAGACCAACACCUUUCAGUGCAUCCUGACCACGGAUGGCGAGCGCUCCUUUGCCCUGCUGCGUUUCGGGGAGAUGCAGUGGGGUCCUGGACAGAGGCUGGUCCAAAGCGCUCUCACUGGCUACACAGACGGGGGGAAGCAAUUCCGCAACGAGGUCCCGUCCCCCCCAGACAACCUGUUCGGCCCGGGGGGGCGCUACAGACCCCAGACAGUGAUGGGCAACGUGGGCAAGCUAGGACAGCUGGUGUACGACUUGACGGGGCACAAGGGGAACAACAUGGACCCUAAGCUGAAGUGCCAGUUGUGGGCCCUGAAGGAGCCCGACCCGGCCCUGUGGAGCGCGAGGGUAUCGGCCUGCCCGUGUACCCGCUCGCAGGCUCAGGAGGACCUGGCGUUCGGGCCGGAGACGCUGCCCGAUCAGCUGACUGCCCAGGUGAGGCAGCUCCGGGAGCUGCGCUGGGGGGGCGUUGGGGGCCAAGUGUUCCAGUCGAUCCUGUCCAACCGCUACGGCUCCGGGAAGAGGUGCGUUUACGACCUCCAGGGGCCGCUGCAAGGCGGGUACAGCGAGAGAUACUUCACUGGGGCCUCUCCACAGACACACAUGGAUGAAGACCUGCUUCCGUUCCAGUGGUGUUGCAUCCAGUCCCCCCUCUGUCACCUCUACCUCGCCAAGAGACCCCUGGACCGUUGCCAGGGUUACGGCUGGCUCAGCCCCGACCGCAGCAUCCUAGCUAAGAAGGCAACAGAGGGCAUAGGCAUGGUGUACGGUACCCUCCACUUCAUCACCUUCGAUGGGACAGAGUACUCCUUCAAGGCCCUGGGGGAGUUUGUUUUGACACGAAUCUCCUCCAGCAAGGGCUCCAACAUCUUCACCCUGCAGGGGGAGACAGGUCUGCUGUACACCCAGGGACAAGCCAGACAGGUCCCCGCACUUGUGCGCUUGGCUGCCUUUCACCAGGGCAUCGGAAAGGUUGAGUGGAGAGUUGCACAGUCAGGAGAUGGGCUGAAGGUCCUGGUGGAUGAUGCGGAAGUCCCCGUCUCUAUUGGUGUAGUCCACAUGGGCGAGGAGGGCUUCGCCGUGCGAUGCAUCUCAGUCAGUCGCUGCGCUGCGGUGUAUGCGGGGGGUCUGCAUGUGGUGGUGUGGCUGGGGGUGGGGGGACAGCUGUCCGCCCUGGUGGAGGUUCCCCAGACCUUCUACAACCGCACCGUGGGCCUGAUGGGCCUGUGGAGCUCCAACCGCACGGACGACUUCCUCAUGUCCAACGGGAGGCUCCUCCCGUCGCCUGACAACAACCCACCGUCGGAGGCGAACCUGCGUGUGUUUGGGAUGUCCUGGGUCGUCCCCGUCCCAGAGAGCCUGCUGUUCUCCAUCCCUCCCCUGGUCCCGUUCCUGCCAGCCUCCACAGAGCAGGUGCUGGCAGUGAGCCCUGACAGGCUGAAGGAGCAGCGGAGAAGCUGCCAGGGCAGCAUGCAGUGUGUCCACGACACCCUGGCAUCGGACAACCCAGACCUGGGUCUGGAGAGCCUGCAGGCUGAGCAGCAGUACCACAACCUGGCUCUUGUGUUUGGGAACAUGCCACCCAUUGUGACAGAGCCCACCGUGAUCCGCUGCAAGGUCAACUCCACUGUCAACAUGAAGAUAGUCGCUCAAGAUGCCAACAGAGACCCUGUGUCCUUUUCCCUGCUCUUCCCCAGACCACCCCAAGCCUCUAUAGGGACUGGUGACGGCUACCUCACCUGGACUCCCCUCAACAUCCAGCCCGUGGUCCUCACCAUCCGGGUCAGCGACGGCAUGUUCAGCUCCUACUUCGCCCCCAUCCUGCAGGUGUGCAACUGCCUCAACGGAGGCACCUGCCAGUACAGUAGCAUCACAGAGAACCAUCUGUUUGGGAAAUACCAGGGCUUCAGUGGGAAGUUCUGUGGGGAUAUUGUGGAUGUGUGUCGAGGAAAUCCAUGUUUCCCAGGGGUGGAGUGCCUGUCCCAGCCUGGGCCUGAGCAGUUCACCUGUGGAGAAUGCCCCCCUCCCUCUGUCUACCAAGACAAACAAGGAUACAAAUGCUUUGUGAACGGUCAGUGA